AUGAAGCAAGUCGUUGUGCUCUUACUUCUGAUAGGAUAUGUUGGAGCUCGUAUAACCUGUCGCGGACUGAAUGGUGAACCAGUGGAUUGGUUCGUCGUCUACAAACCACCAACUUCAUCCCGAUCACCUUCACAGUUCUACUAUGCAGAUGGUGAUCGCAGUAAUUGGACUCUUGGACCAUUGCCAAUCACUGCUACUACGACCGCAGUUGGUGCAACACUUCGAGAAUUCUACGAAAAUAACCAGAAAAAUUUCAUCUUUGCGUAUAAUGACGACAGUCCUACAGGAAGUGUGGACUCCUACAGAGGGCACAGCAAAGGAGUUACCGUCUUUGACGAUGAUACCGGCUUUUGGCUGAUUCAUAGCGUGCCGAAUUUCCCAUCAUUAGGAUCAUAUUCCUAUCCAGCAACAGGCAUCAAAUUCGGCCAGACGUUUCUGUGUUUGAGUCUUCCUACACGAUUCCUUGGUGAUGUCGGCGAACAUCUACGAUAUCUUCAAGCAACACCCUUUUUUCACAAUUUGCCUAACCAAUUUAGUGAAAGGUACCCCGUCCUCGUGAACAUCGUCAAAAAGCAAUCUAUUCCGAAAUCGACCACCCACUUUACUCGCGUGGCUCAAUUAAGUACAAUACGUGGGAUGCCGUUGAGGAGUUUUUCCAAACAUAAAAAAUUCAAUAAAGAUCUCUGGUUUGAUCUGGUGGGUCCGGAACUCGGAACCAAUCUGGCCGUCGAAAGCUGGUUAAACGGUGGUGCUGACGAUUUGGAGAGCAUCUGUACGAGAAGCAUAAGCAUAUACGACGUUUCGGUUGUUAGCUUACCGGAUGUGUCGUUCAACAGUUCACGAGAUCAUUCCAAAUGGGCUGUGGCAGAUACUAACGGGCGCACAUCAAUUGUUUGUGUUGGGGAUUUGAAUCGACAGGUGCGAGCAAUACCAGUAACUAUUUUCUCUCUUUUGGAAAAAUAUAUAAGAAAGUAUAAAAAAGGAACUGAAUAG